AUGGGGAAUCCGACCCAUAUUGACGAGGAGUGCAAGACGCCAGAGCCCAAUGUUCGACCAGGGAAAUGUGUCAACAUCAGAGAUUGUGCGGAACUCUUCUCUCUCAUCGAAGGACCGGAAUGGGAUGUCGAAUACUUGAGGCAGUCCGUCUGUUCCGUAACGAUCGAUGGGAACCAAAGUGUCUGCUGCCCAGUGGCGAAACCCACUCCUCCCCCAAAAGAAAACUAUUCUGAAUUAACGGGGGGAUUCCGCAUUCCAGUUCCUGGAGUAGGAGUGAAGCCAGGCUGUGGUGGAGCGGUGAUCAACAAACGAUACGUGAUCACGGCUGCCCAUUGCGUCAGCCCCGAAUUCAUGGGCGACAACAAACUACAAUAUCGUGCUCGCAGCGCAUUUGUGAGACUGGGAGAGCACACUCUGUCGACGGAUCCAGAUUGCUUUAGGAUGGUGUGUCAACCGCGAGCCAUCGAUGCGGAAGUGGAAAAUGUCAUCUACCCUGUCAAUUUCUACCAUAACAGCACCACAGGAGCUAAGCUUGACAUCGCCCUCAUCCGACUCGCCAAUGACAUCGAUUUUGAAACCGUUCAACCAAAUGAUGGGAGUGACGUCCUGCAACAGCUAAAGGUACCAAUCGUCCCGCUGGCGAAAUGUGCCGCCACUCCCAUCUACAAGACGGUGGAAUUGAAUGAGGAACAUAUAUGUGCUGGAGGAGAACCUGACAGGGACUCCUGCAAAGGAGACAGUGGGGGGCCAUUGGUAGUCUUGAGACCUCAAGAAGGGCAUGCUCAAUAUUUUCUCAUCGGUGUUGUCUCAUUUGGUACUCCGUUCUGUGGAAAUGUUGAUGCUCCUGGUGUUUACACUCGCAUCACUCAUUACCUCGACUGGAUCCUCGAGCACGUGGUGUUUCCGGGAGAGACGUCGCGACCGUCCUUCGUCGCGGAAGGGAGUACGUGUCGAACCCCACCUCCUCAAUCAUCACCUGGAAGAUGCACCACCCAUUCGACAUGCCCGGAGAUCCAGCGUUUGCUCCAACGACGAAGCGACCCGGCCGUGAAUCGACUCCUCACGGAACUCAGAUGUGGAUUCAAUGGCAACGUUCCUCUCUUCUGUUGUCCAUUGACUACAGGAAACCCACAGGCCGUGCCCCCGACGGUGCCUUCAAGGCCCAGGAACCCACCUGGCGUUAACGCGAGGGAGUAUUUGAGGAGCAUCUGUGUGGAAGAGGGGAUUUUGCAGCUGAAAAUCUUCGGGGGUCGGAAAACCCAACCCGGACAGUUUCCCUGGGCCGUCCUCCUCGCUUAUCCAAGCAUGUUCGGCGGGGCGGGGGCCGCGACCUUCGAUUGUGGAGGGACCUUAAUUUCGAAACGACACGUGCUCACGGCUGCCCAUUGUGUCAUUGACCGAUCUCUUCGGCUCAAAAACAUAGCAUUUGUGCGAGUUGGAGAGCACGACGUGUCGAAGGAGGGAGAAUCGGGUCAUCGUGACAUCCGAGUCCGUCGAGCCAUCCCGCAUCCGGAUUACGUCGGUCCGCCCAAUUUCUACAACGAUAUCGCCAUUAUCGUUCUCCAGGACGAAUUGACCUUCUCCGAUCACAUCGCUCCGAUUUGUAUGCCGGUCUUGGGAGACAGGGAGCUAUUGGAUCGGAAUGCUCCUCUUAAAGUCAUCGGAUGGGGAAGCACAGAGAAAAGUUCGCGGGGUUCGGAGGUGCUGCUGCAGGCGGAUGUUCCCGUCGCAGACGAUGCAACCUGUGCCACAGGCUACCAGGAAUUCGGGAUCGUAUUCGACGGAGAGAUGCAGUUGUGCGCAGGGGGACAGCAGGGGACGGACACGUGCGCGGGGGAUAGUGGGGGCGCAGCUAUGUUCCUUCUCUCGGGGCUCCCUCCUCCCGCGACGCCCAAGUUCGUCUUGGGAGGGGUCACGUCCAUCGGGAGCACGCAAUGCGGCACUGGCCUCCCUGGCCUCUACACCAGGGUGCAACACUACCUUCCCUGGAUAACCAACAAUAUCCAAUCCGACCUCUAA